AUGGCUUUUCAGUUUUAUAUAAAAAUUAUUGAUAAUUAUUCAAUACGGUUUUUUUCAAAUAUUCCAACUGAAAAUUUAGAAAAAUCUAUUCCUGAAUGUCCAAAAUAUAUUCGGAAUCCAAUUGGACAUAGAAACAUCACCGUAGUAGCACCAACAUGGUCUGAUUUAGUACGAUUAUAUACUUUGUCAACUGAUAUAACAUCAUCGACAACUUCGGUUCGUAAAACGUUUUUUAAAUUAAUAAAGCCUAAUAAUAUGUCAAGAAAGGAUGUCGGACUUUGGGGUCCGACUGACUGUAAACCAGAUGAAAAGUUGGCUAUCAUUGUUCCUUAUCGAAAUCGAGAUGAACAUUUACGUCUGUUUAUAAAACAUAUGCAUGAAUUUUUGAGAAGACAACAAUUAAUGUAUACGAUAUUUGUGAUCAACCAAGAAAGUGAAUCUAAGUUUAAUCGCGCAUUACUACUGAAUGUCGGAUUCAUUGAAUCCUAUCGAGUUGCAUAUUUCGAUUGUUUCAUAUUUCACGAUGUGGAUUUAUUGCCAGAAGAUGAUAGAAAUAUGUAUCGAUGUUCUGAACAACCAAGACAUUUAAGUGUUUCAAUAGAUCAAUAUAAUUAUCACUUUGAUUUACUGGAAACUGCUGAAUCUCGUUUUAACAUAGAUGGUUAUUGGACUUCUAAUUACACAAUUAUAAAAGCACACUCAUUAUAUAAUGGUCUCAUUUAUUGGAUAUCUGUUGCUGUUUAA